GGAUUUGGCCGGUGCGCAGAUUUUUGCAGCGUUUAUCCGUAUUCGGAUGCUCAGAAUUUGGAGCUUGAAAUUUGGGAAUCGCUUGGUUCCUUUGGGGGCGAAAUACUCAAUUCGAGCUUCAUGUUCUACUUGACGGCCGCUUUUCGACACCAGAAUCGUCGAAAUCGAUUAAGAAUCGACUACGAGCUCAUUGUUUUUUUGUUACUUUGAGGGGCUGGUGUUGUAAAAGCUGGCCGCCAUCGUUGCUGUGUUCAGUUCUAUCUCGCCGUUUUUUGAGAAUUUCGUUGUGGGGUAAUAAUAGUGAAGAGCACCGUGUGAGUGAUUGAUGUUCUGUGUGUCAUUUCGAGGCUCAAGUUGGAGGCUCUCAUAUGAAUUCGACGUUACGUCUGGUGGAUGUUUCGGCACCCCUUGGCUGCCGGCAAUGUGCCUACUUUCAUCGCAACGUCGGUGCUGGUGAGGCGAGUUGUCGAAGCGAUGGCAGCAUUUCCGCGAGUUUUUGUGGGUUGUCGUGGAGACAGCAGAGGGGUUUGAAUGCGUGGACGCUGCGCUCAAGUUGUGCGCGAGUGGUGAAGAGACGAUGGCGUGAUCGCCAGACAUGUGGGAUUCAUUGUGAACUGAAGAACGUGGCGGAGCAAGAGUGUUUGUUGGACAACGAGAGCAUUCUAGCAAAUCGCAAGGUGCUGCUGCAUGGAGGGCAGAAUGGUUCGUCCGAUGGAGCGGUGGCUGAGAGUAAUCUGGAAAGAGAAGCGUGGGACUUGUUGCGAGAUGCGGUGGUGACCUAUUGCGGGGAGCCAGUGGGCACCAUUGCUGCUAAUGAUCCCACUGAUCCCCACCCUUUGAACUAUGACCAAGUGUUCAUCCGUGACUUUAUCCCAUCCGCUAUCGCAUUCCUGCUCAAGGGAGAGACUGAAAUUGUUCGGAAUUUUCUCCUCCAUACCUUGCAGCUACAGAGCUGGGAGAAGACAGUAGACUGUUAUUGCCCGGGACAAGGAUUGAUGCCAGCAAGUUUUAAGGUCCGAACUGUGUAUCUCGAUGGCGACGAAACCAAAGGGACCGAGGAGAUUUUGGAUCCUGACUUUGGAGAAGCAGCCAUUGGUCGCGUGGCGCCUGUUGAUUCUGGGCUUUGGUGGAUCAUUCUGUUGCGAGCAUAUGGUAAGUGUACAGGCGAUAUCUCCCUACAGGAAAGGGUGGAUGUACAGACAGGGAUAAAAAUGAUCCUGAAGGUCUGUCUAGCAGAUGGUUUCGACAUGUUUCCGACUUUGCUGGUCACUGAUGGCUCUUGUAUGAUUGAUCGCCGCAUGGGAAUUCAUGGUCACCCCCUUGAGAUUCAGGCCCUGUUUUACCAAGCUUUGCGAUGUGCCCGGGAAAUUCUCGUGCCAGAAGAUGGGGCAGGAGAUCUGAUCCGGCAAAUCAACGCGAGGCUGGCUGCACUAUCUUUUCACAUCCAAGAAUACUAUUGGUUAGAUAUAAGCAAGGUGAAUGAGAUUUACCGCUACAAGACCGAGGAGUAUUCCACCGAAGCUGUUAAUAAGUUCAAUAUAUAUCCAGAGCAGGUAUCACAGUGGCUUCUCGACUGGAUGCCUGAGACUGGAGGCUAUUUUAUCGGAAAUCUGCAACCUGCACACAUGGACUUUCGGUGGUUUGCUCUCGGUAAUAUGUGGUCAAUCUGUAGUGGUCUAGCUACCGAGAAUCAGGCUGAAGAUAUCUUGAAACUUGUCGAGUCGAAGUGGGAUGACCUUAUUGCAACUAUGCCAAUGAAGAUCUGUUUUCCAGCUCUUACAGAAGACGAGUGGCGCAUCAUCACCGGAGCUGACCCUAAGAACACAGCUUGGUCUUACCACAACGGAGGGUCAUGGCCUACUCUUCUGUGGCAGUUCACGACGGCGUGCAUAAAGAUGAACCGUCCAGAUCUCGCAGAGAGGGCCAUUGAAAUUGCAGAGAAGCGUCUGUCACGAGACAGGUGGCCUGAAUAUUAUGACACAAAGAAGGGCCGGUUUAUCGGGAAGCAGGCACGACUUUAUCAGACUUGGUCAAUUGCUGGGUACCUCACCUCGAAACUGCUGUCGAAGAAUCCCGAUGCUGCUAAUUGGCUCACUUGCGAAGAAGACGAUCACUAUGCUAUCCUCCUAGAAGCAAAUCCGAAUUUGAAGCGCAAGUUCAAAGCCUCACCAAACAUUUUUGUUGUAUAGUUGAAGGCACCGAACGCUCAUGUAUGCGUACACCAAUUAAUUUUAGAGAGGACUUUUUUCUUCAGUCACAGACGCCUCAGAGGCUAAGUUAUGUAGCAUUAUUUUGCACAGAUAUGCUCAGCUGGUUCCAUAAUACCGUGAUCGUAGAUAUCAUUCCAAAUCAACAGAGACUCUGGUUGUACACCCAUUUGCAUGGGUUGAUUCUCUUCUCAAUUAGGGCAGUUUCAGACUGUUCUUUUCAGUUUCGUUCUUCAAAGCCAACCGAAGAAAUUUGUUUAGGUCAAGUAUUGCAGCUAUAGAAGAUUGCGGAGCAUGAAAUUGAGACAGUAUUUUAGGGCCAACAAAUUCAGCUGCUGAGUUUUGAAUCUAUUCAUGGGAAAUUUACCAGCAAUGAACAGAUACUCGAAUGACAUGUAAA